AUGGUAUUAUGUUUAAUUGAAAAGGUUUUAGUGAAGAAUUACAAAGAGAAUGAGAAAGUAAAGGAUUUAGUUAUGAAGAAAAACACUGUCAAAAGAUUAAAUGUUGAUGGCAAAAACCUCACUGGCAAAUUAGAUUUAAGUGAUUUUGUUAAUUUAGAGGUAUUAGAUUGUCAUCAUAAUGGAUUAACUACCUUAAAUAUAACUAAUUGUCGACAAUUAAAGAUACUUCAUUGUUAUGAUAAUAAAUUAACAGAUUUAAAGCUUCCUUCCUCAGCUGAACAAUUGACUUAUUUAAGCCUCAGCAAUAAUAAUCUUUCCCCAAGAGACUUAUCUAUGUUUAGUCAUUUGGUUAAUUUAGAGGCAUUAGUUAUUGAUAUUAGCAACACCGAUAUCGAUAGUGGUCUAGAAUAUUUACCGGAUAGUUUAAAGAAUUUUUAUUGUUCAGCAGGUUUAAGAGAGGAUGCUAGAUGCCAAACUAUCUAUAAUUUGUUUGCUAAUGAGCAGGGAAAAGUAGAAACAGAAAAAUAUGGAAGAAUCAAAAAAUUUCCCCAAAAACUUCAAAACUAUAAACAAUGA